AUGCCAACUCAAGAAAACUGGUUGGAUUGUCUUUAUAAAUGUUUGGCCACUUGGAAUUGUGUGCUAGUUUCCCAAAUACCGGAUGGAUGUGAAUAUUUCAAUACUCAAGAAAUCCAAUCUGUAACAAAACUUACCAGUUCCGACGGCAGAGUUGUGGCAUUUAAGAUAAGCCUAACCGACUGUCCACCGGUCUCUCAGACUCCGCCCCUUUUCGGGAAUGUCUCUUCUACUUUGAUUAUAACAGAUGGAUCGGAUAAUUAUUAUAAAUCUGAAAUUACUGAAACACCGGAUACGUGGAAUUUCAACUACAGUAUACACAAAUGUCUCACUGAUAUUCCUGAGAACUAUACGCCUUUGGUCAACCAUGGAGAGCCCUACUGGAUGAAUUUGGCCUCAUCGUUUGCUCCAGGAGAGACAUUUUUCAUGACAGGAAAAACACCGGCGUAUGGAUCUCGAUUCACAAUUUCUUUUUACCGUCAAGGCAAUGGUGGCGGUGAAAAUGACUAUGCGAUGCGAAUUCGAAUUUCAAAUGGUUACGGGAACAAUACAAAUACCGAAAUAUCGACAUUUUUCAACCAAACAACAGAAAUCAAACGAGACGAAAAUCUAAGGAAUCCUUACGCGCCGUUGCAAGAUUUCGAAAUUCGAGUUAAUUCAACGGAUACUGUAGCCAAUAUCUAUAUGAAUGGAACCCUGCUACAGUAUACCUUAGAUCCGCGAGUUCCACUCACUGAUAUGACACAAAUUGUGAUCAAUUUGGGAGGGUUCGCCGGAUUGAAUGUCACACUUUAUUAUAUUGGAUGGACUGGGAAUUGUUGGGUUAGUUAG